AUGGCACAAUCUGUGGCCCCCGUAAAGAGGCCGGGUGAGCUGUCACUCUCCACAUACGCUUCGACAUGCGCACAGGAUCAUCUCCGACCUUUUCGACCCAUCACAACUGCCCCUCUGGACCCCCGCCGAGCCGACCAGCCCGCGGCAACGUACCACCAACACAAUCAAGACUCCUCCAACUCGACGACACUCCAGAAACAGAACGGAUCAGCGCACCCGCAUAGUAAUGGCAACGGCAAUGCAUCAUCUACUGCCGCACAGGUCGAUGCAGAGGAGAUCCCCGCGCUACGGACGGUGAUCGCGCGCAUUCACGCCCGUGUCCAGGCCUUCCUCGAGGAGUCACACCCUCCGGACUCCCUCCUCGCCUCGGUCCAGCAACAAACCCGCAUCUCACUUGACGUCGUCUCCAAGGCUCUCACUCAAUACAAGUUCUCUGAACUCUCCGUUUCCUACAAUGGCGGCAAGGACUGCUUGGUCAUGCUCAUCCUCUUCCUGGCCGGCUUACACCCGCAUCUGAGCGCGGCGCAAUCCCACCAACCCACGACACAGUCUGACGGCAUCACCUCUACCUCCAAUGCAACCGAAGAGAAUGCCUCUACCCUCUCCGAGAUCCCCGCCAUCUACGCCCUCCCACCAGACCCCUUCCCCGCCGUCGAAGACUUCGUCGUCACCUCCGCGCAGGCCUACCAUCUUCAAAUCACAAAAUAUACCACCGCCCCACCCGCCACAACCCUCCGCUCCAGUUUCGAAGACUAUCUAUCCCGUCACCCCAGCAUCCGCGCAAUCUUCGUCGGCACACGACGUACGGAUCCGCACGGCGCAAAGCUGACACACUUUGACCGGACCGACCAAGGAUGGCCCGAUUUCAUGCGCGUGCAUCCCGUCAUUGACUGGCAUUACGCAGAAAUUUGGGCUUUCAUUCGUCAUUUGGAUCUUGCUUAUUGCUCGCUUUACGAUAUGGGAUAUACGAGUUUGGGGGGUACUUCCGACACGCAUCCGAACCCGAAAUUGCGCAGGGCUAGUGAGACCGAGGACGGUAGUGUCGCCGAGGCUGACGCCGAUGGAGGCUAUUUACCCGCUUAUAAGCUCACUCAGGAUCUGGAGGAGCGACUUGGACGCAAUUGA